AUGGGUGAUGUUGCUAUGCCGGUUUGCGUAGGCAUCAACGGCUUUGGACCAGUUGGGCAGGCUGUCCUUUUUUCCUCGUUCACGGAGCCCACAGUGAAAGUGGUGGCGAUCAACGAUGCUUCUAUGAAUAUUGACUACAUCGCAUACUUGCUGCAGCGCGAAAGUCCCCUUUCUGCGGCAGACAGAGCUUCGGUGGUGGUCGUUGGGGAGUUCAUCUGCAUUCAGGGCUCUCAUAAAAUUCGUGUGUCACAGAAACACGAUCUCGUGGACAUUGCAUGGCAGGACGUUGGAGUGCAUUACGUGGUGGAGUGCACAGGAUUAAGCUCAACGCGAGAGCGGUGUUGGGGACAUGUUACGGGGGGUGCUAAAGGCGUUGUUAUUGCAGGGCAGAGCGCGGACGCGCCAACUCUCAUUCUUGGGGCGAAUGACGCCGAAUUCAAGAAGGUCUGCCCUGUUGUCUGCGCUGGCCUCCCUGUUGCAGUUGCACUUGUGCCUCUCAUUCGUUUUAUGCAUGAACAAUACGGUAUAGAUGAGUGCUCCUACACCGCUAUUCACGGUAUGCGGUCAGCGGAGCUUACCGCAGGAAGGUCCAAAAAUCCGCAAGACUGGCGCCAAACAAGAGUGUCACUUGACAGCAUUGUUCCCUACAUCCACACCGGCAAUAAGACCAUGGAGAGGGUUCUGCCGGGUCUCGUGGGACGCAUCUCUGGAAGUGCGUUUCAGGUUCCCGUGACAAAAGGAUGUGCCGUGGACAUGCUGGUGCGGCUGAGCCAGCCUGUCCCGAAGGAAGUGCUGGAUGAAGCUUUGAAGGAGGCCGCCACAGGUCGACUCAGUGGAGUGUUUGUGUACUCGAACGAGGAUUUCGUUAGUCGAGACUGUGUGCCAAAUGGUAAGUUGUAUUACGACGCCAAAACUUCUCAUUCUAUACGUGAAGGGGAGGCGCACAAACUACUUCUGUGGUUUGACCUUGACGGAGGCUAUGCGAAGCGGAUUUUGUCCCUGCUGGUGUUUUUGCAUCAGAUGGGCGACAGUGACGGGAUGUAA